AUGGGAAACUGUUGCAAGGCGGCAUCACCAAUGGAGUGGGACGGAGAGGACUGGAGUGAUUUGAAGCCGAAGAAGACGAGUUCGAGAAAAGUGAUUGACGAAAGUGGUGGUGAUGUGCUGAGUUUAGCGAAAGUGCAGAAAUUGAAGCUUAUGGAGUCGCUAAGAGCUUCUCCUGAUGAGAAUGGGAAGGUGAAGAUAAUGAUUUCAAAGAAGGAGUUGGCAAAACUGUUGUCGGGGAAGCAACAACAGGUAAAAAAGAAGCAAGCAGUGAGAGGUUCUGCAGAAGAUGUUCUCCUUCGCUUAAUGAAGGCCAGAGAUCAUGAAUCUGGUCAGGGAUUGUGGAUGCCUGCUCUAGAGACUAUUCCUGAGUCUAGUUGA